GAAGGGCCAAGGAUGAAUCUAUAAGAGCCCAGGCAUUGGCUUUAUCCCUAGUGUUACACUCACAGUGAAACAAACCCAAUCCUCACCCACUCUCACACCACAUGCUGCAGGAGCGUUCGCUCAGGAUGGCCACUCACAGAAAAUGCCACAAAGCCUCAAAAGUCGCUUUCUCAAUCUGUCUUUUUGCCGUCUUAUUUCGAGCCGUGAUUUGUGAUGAUAUGCAUGAAGAAAUGCGCAGCAUCAGCCGUGGGGAUGGUGAUCCAUUUGCUCCAACAGCAAAGGUGCACAGCAAAGAUCCUCAGAUCCAGAUUUUCCCCACCAUGUUACUUGAUUCAAAGACAACACAAACUGAGACUACAGAGACUACUCAAGACACACAGACCCCGGAUCAGACCGACCAAAACCCACCUGAAAUAAACAGCAUCACUUCUAAGGGCAAUGUGGUCUGUGUGGAUAAAAUACCGGUGCAAUACAAAUAUGAUGUGCUGCUGAAACUAAAGGCCUCCUCCAAAUGUGAAGAGUCUAAAGUCAGGAUACAGAGUGUUCUAGAACAUCUCUGCGGUGAAGACUGCAAACUUGAAAUCUAUCAGAUAGACAACACGGAUGAGAUCAUUGUUUAUGGAGACAGCAUAGAGGCUGAUCCUGAAGGAAUGGCUGGGAAGUUCAACAACGACAACAUCACCGAUAAGGUGGAAGUUGAUGAGGCAGUGUCCCGAAUGGGCCAGAGCUCUAAAAUCGUCCUGAUCUCUCUUCUUAUAACGGGUUUGCUUCUUGCUGCUUUGCUAAUUGUUGGAUACCUUCUAAAGACUAACCGAGGGCAAUCGAAAGGGUUGCGACUGGCUGAGGACUCCUUUCAAGUGGAUCAAGAGAACCAAGGCAACACACUGCUGUCUGUGGCUCCUCUGCCUCAACAGGAGCCUCUGGACAAGCCCAUUAUCAAUGGAGAGUCCCCAGAAUCUCCUCCGACCAAUGGACAUUCUGCAACCCAGACACAAGUGGCCGAUACUCCGAUGUAAGAGACAACAUCGAUCUGUUGACCAACGCGAAGAGCGAACAAACAUCAUUGGGUUAUCAUGCACAACAGCAUUAGGUGUGAUAAAAACUGCACAGUGAGAAAAAAGAUGAUGCUGAGAAAAACGAAAGUGUGAGAAACUUAUAUGAAAAGACUGAUUGCUGGGCAGCCUUUUGUGAAAAAAAAGAACCAAAUCCGUUCCAGUUGAACCUGAAAUGUUAGCUGAUGAAUAACAAUUGAGAAACCACAUCAACUACAUACAAACAUUUACACUUUCAGUUAUGUUUGAACUCCACCACAGCAAAACUUCUCUUGAGAUCUUCCAUGUUUAAGGAAUUCAUAAGAUGCAUACAGGAUUAUUCAUAUAGCACAAUAGGAUUUGUAUUAUGUGUUUAGAUGAGCCAAAAUCUUGUACAAUAUUCAUACUGGCGAAGCAUUCUCAAGUCUACAACUGCUGCUCUACAAAGUAUUGGUUUAUAGCAUGUUUGUUAACAUUAAUGUGUUAGGUAUUACAAAUUAACAUGAAGAAUAUUUUUAUAGCAUUUAUUAAUCAAUGAUGGUGCGAUUUCUAUACAUAGUGCUUUUUUAAGAUAUCAAGGUCCAGUUUCUCAGACAGGGCUUAGACUGAGCCAGGAUUAGCCUAUAGUUUAAGUAAUUUUUAUAAACUUAUUCAGAAAAAAAAAAAAAAAACAUUAUUGGGAUGCAUCUUGAGAAAAAAAGGCACUGAUAUAUUUUAAGAACAGUGAGUCCAAGUUUAUUUCAGUUGAAACAGCUAAGACUUACAUUUUAGUCUAAGUCUGUGAAACCGGGGGAAAGUUGUAUGAACGAGCAUUAAUUAUGAAUGAACAUGAAUUAACUCAUAAAUAUGCCACUGUUCAUUAACGUUGAUUAUUAAAUGCUAUAAACUGUUUGUGCCAAUGUUGCUAAUGAAAACCGAAUUCAUUAAUGUUAACGAAAUGAAGCUCGUUGUGAAGCGUUAUCCUUUUUUUAAUUUCCAGGUACAUCAGAACAGUUACUAUCUGCAUUUAACAGUUCUUAAAAUUAGGAUUUUUAUCAGACAGAAUGGGGUUAUAAGUUCUGGCCUUUCUCUGCCAUAAAUGUAGUCUCAUUUUCAGUAGUAUGUUGCAUUUGCCAUUCUUGAUUUAAUUCACUUCGGUAAUGUACAAGAUGGUUGCAUUUGGCAGAUGCUUUUAUCUAAGCAACUCUUGCAUUUAAAAAACAUUUAAUUAGUAUGCGUGUUCCUGGAAAAUGAACCUUGGUAUUUCUAGCAUUGUCAUCAACAAGCUGAACUGAAAAGUGCACAAUAUGCAAAAAGCUGUAAAGUGGUAUUGCAUAACAUAAGUACUGCUAAAAAUCUUGAGUGUCAGACAUCACUCACUCACACAUGUCUAAACUAUAAGACAAAAUAGCCCCUACAACAAACGAUACAGUGUAAUUGCAUAUAUUUUUUUACAAAGUAUAUUUUGUUUUAUACUUUCUUGGUUUGGUGUGUAAUCUAGACAUUCAGUUACUCAUUAGGGGGGUGGGGGUGGUGAAGAUUAAUAUGAAGAUGUAUAGGAUUGUUGUUUAGCAUGUGUAUGUGUAUGAGUGAUUGCUUAUUGUUUUUUUGCCAUAUCAUUUCAUUUAUUACGGAAAAGCCAAAUUUCUGAUAACUAAACACAUUUUUCAUAAUUUUUUUGAACACAGUAUCAAUAAUUUAGAAUGAUUAGCAUAGUAUGUUUUUUACUGUAAUUUUCUUGAGAAAUCUUGAAAAUUUGAAUAAACUUUUGUUUGCGUCACAUUUUACUAUAUUUAAAUGAAUUCCAC